AUGUCAGAAUAUCGACUAAAAACAAUAUUUAAAGCAAAAUUAGAAGCAACUGGCGACCAAAGGCUUUUAGAAUAUCAAGAUCACUUAGAGUCGUUGUUGACCCAGGUCUUAUCUGAAUUUCAACUUAAUGCCGGACUUCGCCAAGAGCUAAAUGAACUGGUGUUUGAAGAACGUAUGUCCUUUUUGUUUAUAUCUAUUUAUUGUUUAGGUAUUUCUGCUGCUCGAAGUUUUUUUGCUCAAACAGUGGCUUCGAGCGAUGUUAUUCCCAGGAUUCAAACAGAUCGACAGAUGAUAGAAGAGGUUGGACAUCAUGGAGAGGUUAACGUAACUCAGUUUGAUGAUCCUCCUCCGUCCACAUCAAUUCCGGUUGAUCCUAGUGCAUCUUCUUCAUCAGAUAAUUGCGAAGAGCCCAUUCAAAAAGACGACUUUUCUUUGGCCAUUCAAAGUGUGAAGUAUGGAAUCAGUUUUAAGAAGUAUUUGGGGACCAAAGAGCUUCCUAAAUCUUCUAAUUUCUGGAAUGAAUUGGAAGAAGGACCCGAGUGGAUACUAAUUACUUUUGGAGAACUGGCGGUUCCGAUCUCUCAGAAUGGCAAAUUUAAUGUUUACUCAGUAAGUUUUGCUGCCUAAAAUAAUUUUAUUAUCUGAGGUUUGACUAACUCUUUGAAUUUUAGUUUAAUUUUGGCAGUAUCUCUCAAAGUGUUGGUUAUUUGAGCACAAUGCUAAAGAAUGUUCGGAAGGUAAAGGACGUCGUGCUUUAUCCAAGCGCUGAGUGGUUUUUCCAAUGGGAUUCCUCCAAUCGAUCCAUGGGCUCGCUGGAAGAAGGGGUUAUCUCUCUGAUUUCCUUGUGCAAUAUCCUUGACAAUUCUCCUUUUCGAACUCUUCAUUGGCUUGGGUUUCCAGUCGAUCCUAAGGAUAAUCACUUUAAAGGCCGGUUGGGGAUCUGGAAUCGGGUGAUGGCAACCGUCUUCAAGGAGCAUGGGAAGUUCGUCGACCUGCACAUGUUUUGCCCUUUUGAUCUGGAACAAAUUGAGAGGCCAGAUGAGGAGAAAGCGAGCUUAUUGGACGAUGAAACCAACGCUUUCUUGCUAAUGGAGGCCAUGAAUUAUUUGAUGGAUUCGGAAUGCACCAAUAUUAUUGGAUUUACAAGUAGUGAGGACGAGGUCGAUGUCGAAGAGAAGAAAAUGUGUGUGUAUAACAGAUUUUAUAACCCAUCUUAAUGUGUUUUGUGAAGUGAAGGUUUAACCGUGAAGAUAAAAUAUUUAUCUCUUUGAUUACAGUGAUCGGAGCUCGGAGAAGCAAGUACACGAAUCAUUGAAGUCACCAAAACAAUCCGACACUUUCCCGGGCAAGGUCCUCACGAUCAGUAGAACGGAAGAUGAGCAUUCUUUGAGCCAAUACGAAGAUGCCUUAAGCGACAUUGCGGCUUUGGAUAUGAACAGUCCUAAUGGAGAAGGUCAAAUCCAGGAAGAAACAGUCGAUCUGGAUGAAACCCUGGUCCAUCCAGAAGAAGACGUCUCAACAGAACACACAGUAAUGCUGAAGACCAAGGUUGCGAUGGAAGAAAGUUGUCAUAUUGUAAUGACUGAUUCGAUUCCAAAGGAAAAUGCGGAAGCAAUUGCACUCUUACCCGAAGAACCGUUGUACGCACAUCUCGAGUUAUGUCUCUCAGCCGAUGAACAAGCUCUUGCAAGAAUGUUUAAACGAAGGAUUAGGUUUGACGUGCAGAGAAUGGAUGUGAACAUCAUCUCCAAGCCCUACUACAAUGUCGUCAGGAAAUAUGAACCAUUCUUCGAGGAUCCACAGGUCUUUCUCGGCGAUGAUCGGUUGUUUGGACGGGCUUUGAAAGCAUUUAUCAAAACGUUGAUUACCAAGGUCCGACUUGAAGAUCUGGGGAAUAUGUUCAAGGAGGAUUUGAAGAAGAUUGAAUUCUUGGCCUUCAGAUGUCAAGAAUUGCUUAACCAACCUAAUAAAGUUGUCGGAAAGUAUUGUCUGGGCAAUUUGAAGGACAUUUUUUGCCGAGAAGUUGGGGCAGAAGAGGCCGUCAAUACGGUAAGAGUGGUUUUAUGAAAUGUUUUAUUCAAAUAAAUUUUAAACUAAACAAUAAUAUACAAAAUAUUACCUAAAACAACGUAAUACUAAAAUCAAUUGAUAUUUUAAUGUGUAAUUCUCUAUCAUUUCUAAAUGUAGCUACAAGUUACUGCUAUGAAGUUGAAACUUAUAAUAAAACAGGCAGUUUCGUCCCCUUCUCGACGUACUGACUGUUUAUAAGCUAUAAAGAUAAGCUAAAGGUGCGGGGACUCGUCAGCGACGAACACCCUUAGCCACUUUACAUUACUUCUCUACAAGUUUCUACUUCUCCUAAACAUAGAAACAAAAAUAAAAACUUCAACACUUACAUUCAUGUUUCCAUUUGAUUGUUUUCAGAAUUGAUGGUACUUCUGUGUCCUUCGUACUGCUCUUUUGUCCGGUCUUUAUUCUGCAGAGUCCUGCGAUGAUAUCGGUGUCUGGUUCUUCCUGUGUCUAGCUUGGUCAAAUGUAUAUUCAUGAUGUUGCUUGAUCAUUUGAAACUUGUUGGAUCUUUUGUGUCCUUCUAAUCAGCAGAGGUCUUCCGUGUAGUAUUUGGAUGUCUUGGUCCUCAUUAUCCAGCGGUUGUUGGUUACUCGAUCCUUCGUUCUUCUCACCCAAACUAUAAAUUCAAGAGCUAUUAUUUUAUCACACAUAAUAUACACGGUUUUCGAGAUUUCACGCUCCAAAAAUAAAAUUCAAAGAUCUCAAAUACCCAAUCAAUCUUUCACAUAGUCCUCUACAUCUCGCCCGCUAAUUUGUUUACUACAUGAAAAAUAGAGAAAUUUUUUAUCGAGAAAUUUUUGAUCGAGUCAAGUCUUUCCCAGUCCAAUUUGGUCAAGUGUUUCUCUCUGCAGAAACACCGUAAUAAAUAGGCAGAAAAUAACAGCAUCAAUGCAGAAAUAGUCAAAAUGGACAGAAAUAAAACAGGAUUGUUAUAAAUUGCAUAAAAAUGUAGACAGAUAAAUCUUUAUGCCUAAAGUUCUGAAUACUUAUCUACUGUUGUGAACAUAGAGCAUUUUCAUUACUUCAUCGGCUAUACUUUUAUAGACAUCUCCCUGUAUCUUCGCCACUGCCUGUCCGAUGUCGUGCUUGUUGUACCCGUUACUUAUGCAGUUGUGCAGUAGCAUUCUGUAGUUAUUUUUGAGCGUUUCAUAACUGCUAUUGGUCUUGUUGAACCGUUUAAUCUCGUUGAUAAUGGUGUUUGUCAUAACUCUUUUGCUGAUACACGAGUCGGCAUGUAUUCCUUUAAUCACUUUAAAAUUGUAACCCCUUGUCUUAUCAUAUGUCUCCAUGUUAAGUUUACCUCUUUCUAUACUUAAAGAGAGAUCAAGAUAUUCGGUCUUGCUUCCCUGACUGGUUUUUUCCAGGGUAAGUGAUUCAUGAUAAAUCUGGCUGAUUCUAGCCUCAAAUUCUUUGUCGUUUAAUACCAGUAUAUCGUCAAUAUAUCUACAUACGACUGUGUCUUUUCCCAUGAGAUUUUGGUUCUUCUUCAUAUAUUUAUAUUCCAUGUUUAUUAAUGUAAGAUCUGCAAUUAGCGGGCUGGUGAUUCCUCCCAUUGGUACUCCUGUUAUCUGCUUAUAUAUAUUUUCACCCACCGCUACGUAAUUGUUAUAAAUUAGAGUUUUAACGAUGUUAAUAAGUUCAACACGGCUCAUGGUUCUCAUGCCGUCCGCAGGUCGAGUUGAGGCGUAUUUGUUGUUAUAGUAUACGUACAGUCUAUGUUUAAAGGUAAUGUUGAUUACAUCAUUAAUACAUUCCUCUAUUAUUUUUAAUGGCAGAUUAGUGUACAAACUACUGAAAUCUCCCGAAUAUAUGUAUUUAAUGUUAUCUAUAGUUCUGACUUUGUCAAUGACCUCUUCAGUUGAUUUAACGGUCCAAUACCAAUUAUAUCCUGUUCUUUCUUUAAUCUUGUUACAGUGGAAGUAUAACUGAUCCUUGACCCAUUUGAGCAUAAUGAGACCUAUUUCUUGUAUUCUGGUGUUAUACACCUGUACUGCCGCUGUUAUGAAUCUGAAUUUAAUUGGGUUCUUGUGUAAUUUUGGUAUGCCAUAAAAGUGAGGUAAUUUUAAGUUUAGUUUCUCCUUGGCGCUUGUCUUAUGAUAUUUGGCCAACUCAUUAAGUCCCUCUGCAAUUAUAGAUGCUUUACUUAGUCCUGUGAUCUCAUAGGUUUUGUUUGAGUUUGUGGUUUGCCUUAGUUCAUUUCUUAUUGUUUCUAUAUAAUGUUGUUUACAUAUUACUACAAAGUUAUUACUUGCUUUAUCGACGUAUGUAAUAACCCAUUUAUUUUGCUCCGUUAAGAUCUGUUGACGUAUUUCCUCUGUGUUCUUCUGGUAUCUAACCUUGGUUGUACCCAAGUCUUUUAUAACCAAUUUUCCUAUUAAGGUUUCUAAUUCCUUUACUUCCUGCUCUGUGUAUACAUUACCGUGUUUAUUACCUAUGCGUAUGAGUGAAUUCGUUACAUCUGUAGCUAUAUUACUAAUGCUAUAUUCUUCAUUCAGUCUGAGUUUUGUGCCUUUUUGCAUGAGACCUCGUAGUUUUUGAUUACUAAUAAUGUCUAAGUCACCUGUUAUCACAUGGCCAUGAUUUUCGUCUACGUAUUUGCGGUGUCUUUCUUCUUUACAUAGGCAUUUGUAGGUCUUGUGAAUGUUUCUGAUAGUAGCUUUAUGGUUGAAGAGUUCCAUUCCAAUGGUUUUGUUGUAGGUAUAGCUUUGUAUUAUCUUGUACUUUGAAUAGUCAACUUUUAUUAUCCGUUUAACGUUUCUGUUGUUUAUAAUACGCGGGAAGUUGAUUUGACCGACUAUUGUAUUCUUAAAAGGAAUAACGGCGUAUUGUUUAACUUUGUCAGACCUUAGCUUUUUUUGUCUAGGUUUGUUUCUCAACAUCUUAACACAUUCCCAUAUGUCAAGUAUUCUGGGGUCAGUUACAGCGUUACUAACUCUCUUAUUAACUUCUACAAACUCUGCGGCCUUUAUAUUUUUAAGAGCUAUAUUAAACGGUGUCACUGCGUCUUGUAUCAUUUUUAUGUUACAUAUGUCCCUGUACAGUCUAUUUAUAUGCCCUGUGUUGUGCUGACUCCUUUGAUGGUUCCUAAGUCUCGUCCUCCUUUUAAGUGUCUUAACCUUAUAAUCGAAAAAUUCUGUGUUACUCUUAAUUUGAUUCAUAUUCCAUUCAUGAUUAUAUCCAUUAUUUAACAACCAAUCAUUAAGGCCCCACGGUUUAAAUGUUCUCAACUGCUUAAUCCAAAAGUCUUCGACUAUUUCUCUUUCUUUUUCGUCGAUAUCUUUAUCCAGUACGUGUAAUACUUUGAAUUUCAUAUCCUUUGUCGAGUGGUCUAACUUAUUGAAGUGAUUAACUAACUGGAGAGGUUAACGUAACUCAGUUUGAUGAUCCUCCUCCGUCCACAUCAAUUCCGGUUGAUCCUAGUGCAUCUUCUUCAUCAGAUAAUUGCGAAGAGCCCAUUCAAAAAGACGACUUUUCUUUGGCCAUUCAAAGUGUGAAGUAUGGAAUCAGUUUUAAGAAGUAUUUGGGGACCAAAGAGCUUCCUAAAUCUUCUAAUUUCUGGAAUGAAUUGGAAGAAGGACCCGAGUGGAUACUAAUUACUUUUGGAGAACUGGCGGUUCCGAUCUCUCAGAAUGGCAAAUUUAAUGUUUACUCAGUAAGUUUUGCUGCCUAAAAUAAUUUUAUUAUCUGAGGUUUGACUAACUCUUUGAAUUUUAGUUUAAUUUUGGCAGUAUCUCUCAAAGUGUUGGUUAUUUGAGCACAAUGCUAAAGAAUGUUCGGAAGGUAAAGGACGUCGUGCUUUAUCCAAGCGCUGAGUGGUUUUUCCAAUGGGAUUCCUCCAAUCGAUCCAUGGGCUCGCUGGAAGAAGGGGUUAUCUCUCUGAUUUCCUUGUGCAAUAUCCUUGACAAUUCUCCUUUUCGAACUCUUCAUUGGCUUGGGUUUCCAGUCGAUCCUAAGGAUAAUCACUUUAAAGGCCGGUUGGGGAUCUGGAAUCGGGUGAUGGCAACCGUCUUCAAGGAGCAUGGGAAGUUCGUCGACCUGCACAUGUUUUGCCCUUUUGAUCUGGAACAAAUUGAGAGGCCAGAUGAGGAGAAAGCGAGCUUAUUGGACGAUGAAACCAACGCUUUCUUGCUAAUGGAGGCCAUGAAUUAUUUGAUGGAUUCGGAAUGCACCAAUAUUAUUGGAUUUACAAGUAGUGAGGACGAGGUCGAUGUCGAAGAGAAGAAAAUGUGUGUGUAUAACAGAUUUUAUAACCCAUCUUAAUGUGUUUUGUGAAGUGAAGGUUUAACCGUGAAGAUAAAAUAUUUAUCUCUUUGAUUACAGUGAUCGGAGCUCGGAGAAGCAAGUACACGAAUCAUUGAAGUCACCAAAACAAUCCGACACUUUCCCGGGCAAGGUCCUCACGAUCAGUAGAACGGAAGAUGAGCAUUCUUUGAGCCAAUACGAAGAUGCCUUAAGCGACAUUGCGGCUUUGGAUAUGAACAGUCCUAAUGGAGAAGGUCAAAUCCAGGAAGAAACAGUCGAUCUGGAUGAAACCCUGGUCCAUCCAGAAGAAGACGUCUCAACAGAACACACAGUAAUGCUGAAGACCAAGGUUGCGAUGGAAGAAAGUUGUCAUAUUGUAAUGACUGAUUCGAUUCCAAAGGAAAAUGCGGAAGCAAUUGCACUCUUACCCGAAGAACCGUUGUACGCACAUCUCGAGUUAUGUCUCUCAGCCGAUGAACAAGCUCUUGCAAGAAUGUUUAAACGAAGGAUUAGGUUUGACGUGCAGAGAAUGGAUGUGAACAUCAUCUCCAAGCCCUACUACAAUGUCGUCAGGAAAUAUGAACCAUUCUUCGAGGAUCCACAGGUCUUUCUCGGCGAUGAUCGGUUGUUUGGACGGGCUUUGAAAGCAUUUAUCAAAACGUUGAUUACCAAGGUCCGACUUGAAGAUCUGGGGAAUAUGUUCAAGGAGGAUUUGAAGAAGAUUGAAUUCUUGGCCUUCAGAUGUCAAGAAUUGCUUAACCAACCUAAUAAAGUUGUCGGAAAGUAUUGUCUGGGCAAUUUGAAGGACAUUUUUUGCCGAGAAGUUGGGGCAGAAGAGGCCGUCAAUACGGUAAGAGUGGUUUUAUGAAAUGUUUUAUGUCAUGAAUAAUGGAUGAUAAUGUGAAUUUUUUAACAAGGAAAGUACUUCUAUGGGGUGUGGAAUUACCGGUCGAGAUAUAUAUCAAAAAAUUCGCAAAAAUUUUCUGAUUCAGAAUAUAUAAAAAUUAGCUGCCUAAUUUUGGUCUAUCAGCGAGUUUUUUCAAUAAAUGUUUUUCUCGAGGAAACAAAUCUGCGGCAACAAAAGCGCGCUCGGUCUCUUCCUUCGGAAGAGAGCGGUGUGGCCGAGUGGUUAGAGCGCUAGAUUGGGAAUCCGAGGGGAACGGGUUCGAUUCCUUUUGCCACACUAGAACCCAUUUUUUACAUUGGAACUACUUUUAAGGUGUAGUUGUAAUCCAAUUUGAUAUUUUAAGGCUUGUCAAGGCCUCAGAAUUUAGUUUAGCACAAAACAAAAUUUUUUAUUGGUAAAAACACGGUCAAAAAGACACUUGCAUGGUGUCGCGAGAAAACUUCUGAGGACAAAAACAUGUCAUUAGACCAAAAUUAGGCAGCUAAUUUAUAUAUAUUCUGAAUCAGAAAAUUUUUGCGAAUUUUUUGAUAUAUAUCCCGACCGGUAAUUCCACACCCCAUAGAAGUACUUUCCUUGUAAAAUCAUUUUAGGACUACAUGAAAAAAGCCGGGAAGAGCGAGGUAAAUGUUAAGCCAAGACCCGCUGAUCCACUGCCAGUUUUUGAAAACAAUUUUGUGGGAGGUGUCUUGAAGAAGGUGGUGGAAGAAGGGGGCAUCGACAGUGUGAUUGGCAAUAUUAGAACCGGUCUAAUGCUCGUCGGCGAUCAGGAUCUGGGCAUUCUCUUCACUGAAAACUUCAUCAAGCCCACUUCUUGUGUUGGAUGUAAUAUUACACCGUUAAUUACGACGACAGCCUUAUCUCGUAUAUUCAUGAGAGUCUCUCCCUACUUUAAGAACGAGGAAUUGGUCGCCGUCGAUAAAUUCUGUUGUAUGGGAUUCGAAGUGAACUCAGCAUUGGCCAAAAUGAUCAAAGUGUUCAACCCAGAGAUGAUGGGAAAGAUGUACCGACAAGAAUUGGAUGGUAUCAACCCCAAGGGAAAGGAGAUCAAAGGCCUAUUGCAACAUGAUGAUAAUACGGUUGGAAUGACGGCGUAUCUACUCAUUCAACAGACGUUAUUUGAUGACAAGAACAAUAAUUCCAAAAAGAAGACUUUGAAGAAUGCGAAGAGAGUACCUUGCGAGCAUAAAGGAGAAUUGGAUCCAGAAGCCACCAAGAGUUUCCCUCUUAAUCAGAAGUUUGUGAAUCUGGUCAGGACCCAGAUGGAAGCUUCCAAUGCUCCAGAAGUCGUCAAUUUGACAAAGGAAUUAAUCCAGAAAGUAAAGGAUAAUGUCUUGGGAAGAAGAUUCAGGACAAAGAUAGUACAAGCACUUGGUCAUAAAGGCGUGGAGGCUGGGAUCUACGGAAUAGUGGCCUCUCUGGAACGAGGGAUUCAACAGGAAGCAUUUUGGGCCAGUCAAGAUUGUUGUAUUGGGAAGAAGAUCAGAGAUACGAUCACAUUGCUGUUAAAUUAUCCUCUAGUGGAGCAAGGAGAUGCCUUUAGAAGAGAACUUUUGCUCACUCGGCUUUAUUUCGAAGAAAAGUUUCCCAAUUUCGAUCGACUUUUGGAAGAAGAUCGCGAAUUACUGGCUGCCAUUAUGAGUUGCGUAGUAAAGAAGCUGUUAUGUGAUGGGAACGACUCUUCAGAUGGAAUCAACUGCCUCCAUCCUCAUCCUGAAUACAUCGUGGACCCAGAACUUUUUGAUAAAGUUCUCCAGACGAUCAAGCAAUGCGGUGAUUACUCUAAAUUGCUGCAUAAUCCUCUGAAGACAAGCAAACACAUUAGGAAAAUGAUUGCCGAGCAUAAUGAUUUUAUGGAAAGAGGGCUAAAGUGCCAGAUGGAUAAUGUCGGGAAGACAUUCAACGAGUUCUGGGAGGCGUUGAUCAGAGGAAACUUCGAAAAAAUGGUCACCAAUUUCAAUCGAAAUAUCGUCCGAUCUCCAACAGACGAUUCUACUACAAGUCUACUGAGAAAAGCGGCUUAUUUAUUGGUGAAAGAGACUGAAGUUGGAGGAUUCCAAAAUUGGGACGAGCUUUUUUCAAUUACUCAGCGAUUCGACGCGUUAUCUGUGACCGUUCCCAUCGCAAAGAUCUUAUUAAUCGACAUUGAGACCCUUGGAACUAUGUACAGGAAAUGCCUGAGGGGAUUGAACGUCAAAAAUGAAGAGAUCUGCGCCGUUUUGAAGUCACCGGAUCAUAUUCUGGGCCGGUUUGCCGUUGUUACAAUGUACUAUCUACUGUUCCCAGAAGAAGCCAAUAAGAGUAAAGCCGUGUUACCGAAGGUAUCUGGAAAGAUGCAACCAUUGUCAUUGGACAGAGAGUUCUACAAUGAGGUCGAGAAGAUGGUAGAGCAACAGCCAGAGCAGUACAAGGAAUCUCUCCGGAAGAAGAUGGAGUUGAUCACGGAUGAGACUCUUGGAAGGAGAUUCAGAACUCAUAUUGCGGAGCUCGCAGCAGUAAAGAACAAGGCGGAGUAUGUUAUAAUGAAAUCGCUGGUGCUAUUGGAUCCCUUCUUCAAAUCUCCAGAGGUUUGUUCCAAAAGAAGUCCAUGUUGUUUUGGAAGAGCUCUCAGAUCAAUUUUGAAGAUCGUAUUGUCCUUAACAUUCCUUGAUGUUAUGCUAAGUCUACGAAGAAAUGGCGAUCUCCACACAUGUAUAUUUUCAACAGCGUCCCGUAGACAUCUGAAAGGAGGCGACGAUUCUUUGGAAUUCAGUGGAAUGGCCACCUUGUACAUGCUGGAUAAGAUGCUCUUCAAAUCGCCCAUUCCAACCGACGGAUCCACUUGUAGACAUGAGAUUGCUCCAGACGAAGAAAACGACAUCUUCAAACAGGCUUUGAUCACGAUCGGGAAGGAAGAGAAAUUAACUACCGUUCUCCAUAAUCCAAAGGAAAGCCAAAAACGACUGAAAGAUAUCAUCAAAAGUGAAGUGGAAGAACGUUGGGGACCUGUUGAUCUCAAUUUGGAUGAGGUUGAGAUCAGAUUCAGUGAGUUGGUGUUCAAAUUGAGUAAGAGCGGGUUCCCCUUGGUAGCCACUUACUUCAAGCUUUCCCUCCUUAACAUCGAUGAAUCUGUCAAAUCAACCACCACCAUAUUGAAGAAAGCGAUAGUUGAUGUAUUCUUUGAAUCUGAAGACAUGGACUUCCACAUACCUUACACGAGAGAGGAAUGUGCUGGGUUUGACGCGCACUUUUUUGGAUAUACUGUGGGAGAUUCAAUCUUCAAGAUGAUCCUCAUGGAAUGCGAUGAUGUCGGAGAAUCAUUCAGAAGAUCGCUAAAGAAAUUCGUUGGGAAUGACCCGAGAAUCGAGAGUCUACUCAAGAAAUGUGAUGAUUAUCUGGGGAUCUUCUUCUUCGUCCUCAUCGACAUCCUUUUACUCUGUGAUGUAGACGGGUCUGGGGAAGACGAUUCGUUGAUCCACAAGAUAUUGUCCCCCGAGGAAUUGGCCUUCGGAAGUUUUGAGGAACUCGAAAGGAAAGUGGCCGCCUCUCCUCCAAGACUAAUCGCUUCAUCGAUGAGAAAAGUCUUGGCUUUCAACCAGAAAGAUCAAUCGUUGAUGGCCGAGAACUUUAAGGACAUUAUUUUUGGAACCAUGAGACUGUUAACACCUCAAUUGGAGGGUCUAUCCGAUGAUGAGAUCGCUCAGAUCAAGGACAAAAAGCUGGCACAAUAUCUGAAGGAUUUCAUCAAAAAAGCUCUUUCUAUGGACACAAAUGUGGGAAGCGUGGUUAAAUCAGCUACUUCCGCCAUCAGAAAUCUUCACCCAACCCUCAGACUUCAGAUCCCGGCCCAUAAUGCUUACUGGACCACCGUUAUUUUCCUAUCCAUCAAGAAACUGAUCUCCGAUCGGGAUGUUGUAGACACUUUGUAA